CGUAGUGGAUGUGCAUUCGAUAUUUGAAUUAAAAAAUACAAACGGUCAUUCUAAGUUCAAAAUUGAAACGUGAGUUGAUUUGGAUACGCAUAGCAGUGACUGUAGUGUUGUGAAUACCAGUUUUUCGCACUUUACUUCGGUCUUCUGUGUUACAAAAAACGAAGAACCUGUUAAUUAAUUAAGAUGGCGCGGUGGUGCGUUGGCGCUAUUUUGCUAACGCUGGUGGUCUGCGCAAGCGCAGCGGACACGCAGUCUAGAUUCCAAUCACGCAAGCCUAGAAAUAGGAAUGCGGAUCUGCAGUCAGCACGUCAGGCAGACGCAGAUGAGAUGGUCUCCAAUCUACUGCAGUGGAUACAGGGGUUGUAUCAGCAGAAAAAUAGGAAAGCGCGUCAAUACUUUGGAGGCAAACCUGAGAAGCCACGGCCUUUUGAACCAGCUAGCUACUUACCACCAACUGGAUACCCACCAAGUGGAUCCCGGCCUACACCAGCUUACAAUGAAGGACCACCGCCUACUAGUCCACCAUACACCAGUCCUGGAUACCCGUCUAAUCAACCAAGCCAACCAGACCAACCGUAUUCACCGAGUCAACCAUCCUAUAAACCAAGUCAACCAACUCAACCUGCAUAUCAACCUUCACAAUCGACACAAUCUCCUUACCAGCCAAGCCAGCCUAGCUCUCCAUCGUAUCAACCAAGUCAACCUGAGUAUCAACCUGGUCUGCCAACCUACAAUCCAAACCAACCAUCCUAUCAAACACCGAAUCAACCACCUAACCAACCUACUUAUCAACCACCCAGUCAACCUACAUAUCAACCACCCAGCCAACCUACUUACCAACCACCCAGUCAGCCUACAUAUCAACCACCCAGCCAACCAUCAUAUCAAACUCCCAGUCAGCCCACUUACAGACCUCCUAGUCAGUCUACAUACCAACCACCCAAUCAGCCCACUUACAAACCUCCUAGUCAGUCCACAUAUCAACCACCCAAUCAGCCCACUUACCAACCUCCUAGCCAACCAACUUAUCAACCUAGCCAGCCAUCGUAUCAACCGCCUCAAUCCAGUUACCAACCCAGUCAACCAACCUCUCCUCCCUACAAACCAGAUGAAAACACACAGUCACCUUUUGAAGUGCCGUCCCAACCACAGCGACCAUCACGACCAGACAUCGGAGAUGGAAGCUCUUCCUCCUCAACCGAGGAUGAUAAUCGUCAUCCACCACAUAUUCACGCCAUCACUGUUGAUUGCGGUAAAGACAUGAUGACAAUCAACAUUGAGUUCAAUAAAGUUUAUAAUGGCAUCAUCUACUCUCAAGAUCAUUACAACCAACCUGACUGCGUGUACGUACGGGAAAACUCCAAUCAGAUCAAAUAUUCUUUCACUGUCAGUUUAAACACUUGUGGCACGAGGUUCUUCAGCGACUUCCAGAAUGAAGGUCAGGCAUAUUUAGAAAACGUUUUGGUACUUCAGAAUGAACCAGGUAUCCAGGAAGUUUGGGAUCACAUUCGUCGAGUAAGAUGCCUGUGGGAAGGCAAUCUUACCAAGCAAUUAGUUUCCUCGCUUAGUGUUGGCAUGUUAAAUCAGAUCACCAGCAACUUCAGUGGCGAUACUGCUAUGGCCCGAUUAGACAUCCAAAUAGGACGUGGUCCAUUUGCUCCAGAAGCGAACGGUUUGGUCAAAAUUGGUGAAAUUAUGACAUUGGUCGUUACUGUAACUGGUGAUGCUGGUUUUGAUAUCUUAGUAAGAGAAUGCGUUGCUCGUGACUCUGAAAGUAAUCAUAUUGUACCACUAACAGACAGUAACGGUUGUGUGCUUAAACCUAAACUAUUUGGUGCAUUCCAGAAGACUAGAGAGACAGGAAACACAGGAGCGUCCAUCAUUGCAUAUGCAUUCUUCAAUGCUUUCAAGUUCCCUGAUGAAAUGGAUUUGAUCAUCCAAUGUGAUGUGGAAUUAUGUAAGACCGACUGUGAUGUAUGUCCCCUACCUGGAAGCAUCGAACCUAGGAGGAGACGAAGAGAUAUUAUUCAUGUGGGUAACUCUACUAUUGAGCCAUCCACGACAAUCAGUAAAGGUUUGAGAGUAGUAUUCGCUGAAGACCUGCCUUCGGAGCCGACUGGAUUUUGUAUUUCAUCAUCAGCAGCAUUAUGGGGUGGAGUUUUAGUGUUGCUAGGGUCUUUGCUAAGUAGUGUCAUGGUAUCACUUUGUUGGAUGAAAUCAAGGGGUUCGAAUAAACUUUCUUAAUACCGAUUAAAACGUAUGAUAACUUAAUAAAAAUAAUUAAAUAUAACUCAAAUGUGAGUUCAGAGUUAUUUGACAACAUAAAAAAGUGUUAAUUGUUUAAAUGUUGUGACAUUUGAAAAAUAAAACAAAUAUACCAGCGUAUAAAAGAAAAAAUCACGUGCCACUAUCAAAUAUAAUUUAAAAAAAUAAGUAUUUUUUACCUGUCACUUCAUUUUAACAUUUUCUUUGU